GCAUAAUCUGCUAUUUAUCGAAAAGUGAACGGUCCAUGUACUUCGAGAGGGCAGGAGUAUGGUCUGGUGACAAAAGUUGAUGCAGGAUUAACCGGUGCCAGAAGAUAAUCCAUCAGGGUGUCAACACGGCAUCUCGUGAAGGACCUCGGGAAGACAAACAGCAUGCGAGGGAUAAACAAACACACAGGUGCAUCGAAUACAAACUUAAAAGUUUUGGGAGAUGAUCUCAGAGGAGCAUGCCAUAAAUCCCUUCGGAACGUGCGAAACAGACUGCCCUACGCAGCUGGAGCGUAUCAACGUAUACUACAAUGAGGCCAAUGCGGGAAAGUAUGUUCCACGCGCAAUUCUGGUUGAUCUGGAACCCGGCACCAUGGACAGUGUUCGUGGAGGGCCGCUGGGUCAGUUGUUUCGUCCAGAUAACUUCGCAUUCGGUCAAAGCGGUGCCGGGAACAACUGGGCCAAGGGACACUACACGGAGGGCGCUGAGUUGAUGGAUCAUGUGCUAGAUGUGGUUCGCAAGGAAGCGGAAUCAUGUGACUGCUUGCAGGGCUUCCAGCUCACUCACUCUCUCGGAGGCGGGACCGGUUCCGGCAUGGGUACUCUGCUAAUCGCCAAGGUCAAGGAAGAAUAUCCAGACCGCAUUAUGAACACUUUCUCAGUUGUGCCAUCUCCGAAGGUAUCCGACACAAUAGUUGAGCCUUAUAAUGCAACGUUGUCCGUUCAUCAACUGGUCGAGAACACCGAUGAGACUUACUGCAUCGACAACGAGGCCUUGUACGAUAUAUGCUUCCGCACUCUGAAGCUCUCAAAUCCAACGUACGGCGAUCUCAAUCACCUGGUAAGCGCAACGAUGUCCGGAGUAACAACUUGCCUUCGAUUCCCAGGUCAGCUGAAUGCGGACUUGCGCAAACUCGCUGUGAAUAUGGUUCCUUUCCCUCGUCUGCAUUUCUUCAUGCCCGGGUUCGCUCCACUCUCGAGUCGCGGUAGCCAGCAGUAUCGUGCAUUGAGCGUGCCAGAGUUGACGCAGCAAAUGUUCGACGCAAAAAACAUGAUGGCAGCAUGUGAUCCACGUCAUGGACGUUACUUGACUGUGGCCGCCAUUUUUCGUGGUCACAUGUCAAUGAAGGAAGUUGAUGAUCAAAUGCUAAAUGUGCAGAACAAGAACUCCAGUUACUUCGUGGAAUGGAUUCCGAACAAUGUGAAGACAGCUGUAUGCGACAUACCCCCUCAUGGCUUGAAGAUGUCGGCAACGUUCAUUGGAAACAGUACGGCUAUCCAAGGUUUAUUCAGACGUGUUUCGGAGCAGUUCACUGCCAUGUUUCGCCGAAAAGCCUUUUUGCAUUGGUACACGGGUGAAGGAAUGGAUGAGAUGGAGUUCACGGAAGCCGAGUCGAACAUGAAUGAUUUGGUCAGUGAAUAUCAGCAAUAUCAAGAGGCGAAUGCGGACGAUGAGGAUAGUUCGGGCACAGAAUCGACAUAAUAGCAUGUUCACCUCUUGGUGCACGAGUGUUAUGAGCAACUGUUUUGAGUGCUUUAAAUGAUCGCUGCUGAGUCGGCGAACAACUGACUGUUCGAAUUCCCUCAUAUAUCUUCAUACUAAACAAGUUGUAUGUUCGUGUUAGGGUGGCAUUGUUUCCCAUAACUCCCAUCCUUCCGGUUACAUGCCUCACUUUUUUACCCAUAGUUAAUAUUCCGGUGUAUGUAUGGGUUUUCAAGUACACCGCAUCGCGCUAUGAUCUGCGGCCACUGUUGAACAAUCAGUUUUUACAUGAACAAACCUCAUGAAACCGCUAUGUUUGUGUACCCAUUUUGCAUGGUAAAAUAUAUCAAACGCUUCAGUAUACCAUAAAUAUCUUUACACGACU